UCGAGGCAGAUGAAUACUUUGAUAUCAUCGAAGAAUAUAUCUUUGACUCCGACGUAUUUCAAGAUUCAGCUGCUGGAUCUGUAGCUGGUAUAGGAUAAGGGAGAUCGAGAUGCUGCAGGCAGCGGUCAUUCUAACGAUGCUUCAACUAGACGCUCCGAGCCAUCAAGCCCGGCACCGAGCGCGAUCUGAGCGAUUGCCAAACAUGAUACGUGCUCUACGCGCCUUGGGCUUGACUAAUAGCGAUGGUGAUGGUCGUAAUCCGAGCUUUGUUGCGGGCAACACAGGCUAUGCGCUCGAUAUUACUGAGAAUGUGGCAAGACUAGUCUACUGUACGUACAUCGUCGACUGUAAGCUGGCAGUCUUCUAUAGAGCGUCUCCGCAUCUGAACGUUGGGGAGAUGACAGUCAAAAUGCCUCUCAAUCGCCACACAUCAAUAGUAGCGGAACCAGCUUCAUUCGGUACGAAUGCUUCCAAGACAGAUACCAUGUCUCUUGCUACUUGCAUUAGGAUUAUUCUGCACGCUAGUGAAGAUGAGUGGAACUUACAGGACUUUGUUGGCUUGUCGAUGUUCGAUUUAUUUGUAAUCAUCUGCGCUAUACAUUCGAUAAUAUCCACAACAAGAGCCAGCCUAACGUUGAUUAACAGUACACACGGUAUUGAAACAGGAUUGAGGAGAUGGCGGAGCAUAUGGGACGCAAACUUAAACGUAUUUACGGAAGAGAACAGUACACGAAGUUUCAUGGCAUGCGCUCCAGAAAUUUGGUAUUUGACAAAGAUUGCAUUGUAUCAUGGCACCUACGAAAAGCUGUGGAGCAUAUCCGGUGGUACUACAGAUACUGAGGAUAUGACCAUAUUCCAUAAGGUUUUGGUAGCACUAGGGUAUACUCAGGGUGCUAAACAGUAGAAUGCUAGGCCUUGCGAGCACGUGGUAUCUUCUCCACUAAACAAGAUAGUAAAACGAGCUGAUUUAUAUUAGUUUCUAUCUGUACUAACCUGCUUAGUUUUUCAGCUUUA